AUGUCGAUCCAUCUGCACCUCCAAGGCGACUAUGAUUCUGACCUAACAGGGAGCUGCCGAAUGUUCCCGGCUGCUGAGAUAACACUCGGCAAUCGAGACUUCCGUCAUGCACGCCCGGAACUGAUCGCCUUGUUAGAGGAAGUCUCGAAUAGAACUGGCCAUCCACUCAGCCUCAUGAAAGUAGUCCCGCCUGCACCCGAGAAGAAGGUUUUUAUUAUGCAAAUUAUGGGCCGCAAAGAAUGCUCUCAAAACAUUCCCCUGAAUGCCGAAUGGAAUCGGAUUCUGCGGAUACAUCAGGAACUGAGCAGCGGUCAUCUCCAACUCAGAGGAAUUCGGAGCCCGAGAUCUCGACUCUUGGAAGAAUUCUAUGAAACGUACCAGCCCGAGUCGCGACCGCUCGAUGCCAGUGAACAGAUCAAUCCGGGAGCGGUACCGAUGACGCACAUUCACCCAGCUUCCGGGGAACUCACAGGAUAUCCCGUGCCGGUCGUAUCAGACACUUCGACUUCCGCGACCGAACUGGAAGCAAGCACGGUGACGCCUGCCAGUACUGUCUUCGGGGCUUCGGAGCCUCUGCCAACGUCCGAGACUCAGCUCACAACCGCUGUGCCGUGGGCCACUCCAAGUGAAGCUCCACCAACGACUUCGGCGGAAGAUCCAGAAACCCCUACGACUGAAGCUCCCACAUUUACCUCGUCUGAAGCUUCAACAAUCACUCCGGCCGGAGCUCCCACAAGCACCUCGACAGAAGCUUCAACAAUUCCCCCAACUGAAGCUCCAACAACCUCAUCGACUGAAUAUCCAACUACCUCGUCGACUGAAGCUCCAACAACGACCUCGACCGAAAACCCGACGGCAGCUCCGACGGAGGCCCCGACAGCCUCUCCGGAUGAGAUUCCCCUGUUUAGGCUGACUGAAGAUGCUACAAUCCAUCCAGGAGCUCAGGUGCCUACGAGCAUGAUCCCCCCGACAGCUCCAACAACGACUGGCGUUGCCUCAGCUGAUCGGGAGGCGGAGCUCUUGACAGUGGUAAAAACGGAAGAUUUUGAAAUGUCAAGAAUCGACAGCGAUCAUCCGGAAACAUUGACCGCAUCGGGUUCCGGAGCCUCGGUUGCCAUGCCUCUGUUCUUCAUCAUCGUUCUCCUAGCGGCCGCGUCCGCCGUCGCGGUGUUCACCUUGGGGAGAGCGAGGAGCAUCCAUCGGAAGACCUUCGUUAUUGGGAAUGCUUACCCGGAGGAGAUAAACGAUAUAGUUGUUCUUGGAAAUGACGACAUAUGAUUGACCGGGACGCGAACCCUAUGCUUCUAUUUUACCUGAUUUAAUGACAACUCGAAAUCCUUAGCUGGUUUUUGAUUUUACCAUUGGGGCACUGAACGAUUCCCGGUCGAGUUUCCCCGAAAUUACUUUAUAGGAGAGCAUCUCGUUGAAAGCUUUGAUCAGACCCACAUUAGAGAAUGUCCAAUGUGCUUUCGCGCAGCGUUCCCCCAUAGUCGGAAAAGCUCGCAAUAGAUUGGUGGUUUGAGAAUUUCCAAUGGAGGCGCCAUCGAGUAUCAUAUUCACGGAGCCCCCGUUGAUGAUUACGCGCGGCAGGAAGUCGCCUAUGCAUAUUUUAGAUCCUCUGCGUCAGGGUGCGCGGAAUCCGCGGUAGCUGACGAUGCCGUAUCAAGGUCCUCUCUGAGCCGAUUCCUCACGAAUUCGGAGGGAUUCCAUGGUGCGACCACUCACACAGAGUCCUCCGUGUUGGCUCGAGUCCCUCCACGUUCAACAAUCCACUUCGACUCUCUCGGGCUCUUCGAGACCUUCAGGCGACCGCCGCAUGGACCACCGCUCUACAGUACCGGAUCCGCUGGAGUCGCAGUACCUUUUUCCCAACCUGGAACGAAACACUCUGUUUAUUCUCAAGACGAUCCUCCGCUUGUGUAUUCAUCCUGCUGGACGUGGGAUUUGCCUUGCGACUUCGCGAGAGGAUUCAACGAUAUCGCGCCGUAGCGUUUCUGCGCCAGAAGGAAUUCACGGCCUGGGUGCAUCGGCGUUCCGAUCCUUCCACUCCAGGUUUUCGAGUCCCAUCUCUCUUGAGCCAUGACUUGAGCAAUGUUCGACCUGUGCUGAAGCUCGAUGCUGCGGAGGUAUUCGUAAUGCUGUGACGAUGUCUUGCGAUGCAUUUCUCAAGAGAAUCGAAAAGAUGAUUUCUUAGUUCUAAUAAAAUGGUCUGAAGAUGAAGA